GUGGUGUUAGUGUCAGUUCCUGAUGAGCCAAGCUAUCGUAAACAUGGCUGACACAGGAGAAGCAGAUGGACCUGCAGUUGACAUUACACGUGCAAAGGUUGAAGGAAAGGAGUUGACCAAAGAGGAGAAACAAAGACUGAGAAAGGAGAAGAAACAGCAGAAGAAACAGAAAGAUAAAAAGGGUGAGAACGAUGAAAAGGCCCCGUCGGAAAGAGAUAAAGAAAAGCCUGUCACCCCAUCCUCGACACUACUGUCUAUGAAACCUCCAACACAAAAAGCUCCCUCAGCUCCCUCAGCAGUGCCUGCACCUUCAGCUGCAUCUCCCCCCAUGCCUGCCUCUGAAGUUCCUGGCCCCAGCCCCAUGCCUGGCCCCGCCUCUUCAGACAAGCCUGUUAAGAGUAAAGCUGAACUAAAGGCAGAGAGGCGUGCGCGGCAAGAGGCCGACCGGGCGUCCAAACAGGGCAAGAAGGGCGGAGAGCCUGGCCCACAGGCCUCUUCCAGCAAACCCAAGGCUCCCCCAAAUGAACUCCAGCCAGUGGUGAAACGGCUUCCAGAACAUGUCCAAGUAGAUGACCCUGCAGUGGUGAAAAAACUUGCCAAGAAGUUGGAAAGACAACAGAUCCCGCUCCGGUCCGAUUACGGGUACAAAGUCAGCCUCUUCUCUCACCUUCAUCAGUACAGCAAGAAAGCACCUCUCACACAGCAGAUCAGCAUCCCCUCCAUGGUGAUCCACCCCUCGGUUGUGCGGUUGGGUCUGCAGUACUCUCAGGGCAUCGUGGCAGGAUCCAACGCUCGCUCGGUGGCUCUUCUUCACGCCUUCAAACAGGUCAUAAGGGACUACAACACCCCCCCCAAUGAGGAGCUGUCGAGGGACUUGGUGAACAAGCUGAAGCCCUAUAUCAGUUUUCUUAAUCAGUGUCGCCCUCUAUCAGCAAGUAUGGGAAAUGCGAUCAAAUACAUCAAGAAGGAGAUCUCCAAUAUACCCAGUCAGUGCAAAGAGGAGGAGGCCAAGAAUAAGCUGCAGACUUGUAUAGACAGUUAUAUCAAUGAGAAGAUCACCCUGGCAGCCGAAGCCAUAUACGAAUAUGCCAUAGAGAAGAUCAGUGACGGAGAUGUCAUUCUAGUAUAUGGAUGUUCAUCCUUGGUCAACCACAUCCUAUGCGAGGCCUCUGAGAAGAGCAGGAAGUUCAGAGUGAUCGUGGUGGACAGCAGGCCUCGUCUGGAGGGCAGGGAGGCCCUGAGGAGACUGGUCCAGAGAGGCAUCCGCUGCACCUAUGUUCUCAUCUCAGCCCUCUCCUACAUCCUACCUGAGGUAUCUAAAGUGUUCUUGGGUGCCCACGCACUGCUGGCCAAUGGCUACGUGAUGUCGCGUGUGGGGACAUCUCAGGUGGCGCUGGUGGCCAAGGCCUUCAAUGUGCCUGUGCUGGUGUGCUGCGAGACCUACAAGUUCUGCGAGAGGGUCCAGACUGACUCAUUUGUGUCCAACGAGCUAGGCGACCCUGAUGACCUGAUGGUGACCCGGAAAGGGAAGACGCAGCUGGAGCACUGGCAGGAAGUGCCCUCGCUGGGCCUGCUCAACUUGGUCUAUGAUGUCACGCCUCCGGACUUUGUGGACCUGGUGAUCACAGAGCUGGGCAUGAUACCCUGCACCUCUGUCCCCGUGGUCCUGCGGGUCAAAAAUGUGGAUCAGUGAGACGGUCGAAUUGGUCUCAAUCCCUGCGUCCCAUUAGCAGCAACACCAACACUGUGCUUUUGGCAUGCAAUAAAUGUAUAUCUGAACAUGGCACAUGCUUUUUAAA